AUGGAGCAGGAGGCGCCGUUGACGACGAUGAGGAAGCGGAAAGCGCGGUCCGCGUCCUCACACGACAACAACUCCGAUACUGAACAGACCCCCACCCCGCCCAACAAGCGCCCAGCGACCCAGCUGCCGGAGUUGCCUCUGGAGGUGGUCUGCACGGUGUUGGGCUGGGUCGACGUCGCGGACCUCGUGCGCGCCCAGCUCGUGUGCCGCGACUGGCACGCCCUUAUCUCAUCGUCUUCGUCUUCGUCUUCAUCCACUUCUGCAUCUUCGUCUACCUUCUCUGCCGACUUGUGGCGUCGGGUCUACUUCAACACGUGGCCCUUGUUGGGCGUGCUGACGUCAUGGCCGCAGCCAUCGACUCACCGAGCGCCGACGCUGGCGAGCGAGGCCCGGCUGCCGUGGAACGGAGAGCAGGAGCAGAGCGUGCGGCUCGUGGGCCAUCCCGACUGGCGCGCCAUCGGCCUCGAGCGCCUCCGCCUCCACACAUUCGAUGGAAGACACACGGCGGAGAACGCAGAGGCGGUGGCGCGGCUGCGGGGCAACAUGUCGCGCGGCGUUGUCGGGGUGCUCGCGGCCCUGGACCCCAACACCUACUACCGCCGCAUUCACAUCGCCAAGACCAUCGUCGACGCCGACGCCGAUGGUGGCGGCGGCGGUGACGAGCUGCAGGACAAGGAGUACGCGGUCGACGCGGUCGUGUACAGCGCCACGACGGGACUGCCGCUCCACGUGGCCCUGGCCUACGCCGCGCGGGAGGACAUGGGCGACGGCACGCCGGUCUUUGACGACCACCACUGCCCCUCGGUCGUCUUCUACGUCGGAGUGAACCCGCGCGAGGCAGUGGUGCGGCCGGAGGAUGUGGAGAGCGCGGAGGCGUUGGAGGACGCAUUCGAUAUGCUGCGAUGUGUGAUGCUCAACAUGGUCGAGUACCUGGUCGGGCCGGAGGCCGAGCGGCUGACGCACGUCGAGGUCCAGGACUACCUCCGCGCGCUCCUCAACACCGGCGACGCCGACUGGGUCGUCCUCCCCGAGUUCCCCGAGCCCGGCACCCGCCUGCCCCGUCCCUUUGUCGGCGCCCACUCCCUGAGCCGCGGCCCGCAGUAA